AUGGCACGUUUGGUAGCAACCUUCUUCACCAUCAACGAAAUUAGAGAAGGCCGCCUUGUCAAUAUGGAAAACGACUGCUUCACAAAGGAUGAUGAUGACGAGGGAACCGCACAACGCCAAGGAUCAAGUGAUGAAACUUCAAAGACUAUGCCUGCCCAAAUUGAGCCCUACCAGAUGUAUGUAAACGCCAAUGAAGAGAAUCUCCUCACCCAUAAUGACUUGGAAAAACCAAGUAUUGCAAGUGCAGCCUUGUUGCCAGCAGCGCAUGGCAAUGAACAUCUUUUUCUAAGUAAAGCAAACGUGGGCUAG